AUUGUCCCGUAUAAAUUCAUCAAUCUUGUUUUAACUCAUCUGCAUUACUUCAACACUCUUCCCCUUUCUCCCUCCAAAAAAAAAAAAAACGAGUGCGACGCGAGCUCGCAACAGUGCGCCAUGUUGCGUACGAACCGGGAGAGGCCCACUGCAGCAGCACCAGCUAUAGCCAGAAAGGCCGAAAGCAGCAAUAGCAGCAGGCGAAUGAGCAAUCUGGAUCGUUCAUCAUACUUCGCGCGUAGAGAGGCAGCGAAGGUGUUGCGGACCGUUCUCCAGGGUGACGCCAGGCGCAAGGCCAUCGGUUCCAUCAAAUCGCUCGUAUACAGCCCAUCCAUCAGGAACAAGAAGGCCACUUUCGCUCUUGUCUGCCAAACCCUCAAGUAUCUCCCACUUAUUAAGGACAUUCUAGCGGCUACUAAUAUAUUGAAUGGCAAGUGGAAGAGGCAAGAGGAAUUGAUGUACAUUGUUAUGUAUGAUGUCCUCUUUGGGCAGGCAAUUUUAUUUGCGGGAGCUGCAGAAAAAUUCCUCCUGCUUCAGAAAAAUGCUCUACAAACAGCUCUAGCUCGGCUUUGUGUGAGACAAAAAGUGAAAAAUGUUCAAGACUUGCUGACCCUAUACAAUCGGACUCCUGUUGCUUCCAGGCCCCGAUAUGUUCGUGUAAAUUCGCUGAAAAUGAACGUUGAGUCAGCCUUGCAAGAAUUAGGAAAAGUACACAAGGUCUCAAAGGAUGACAUGGUUCCAGACUUGUUGGUCCUCCCUUCAGGCACAGAUUUGCACAAUCAUCCAUUAGUCAUGAAUGGAAGUGUGUUUUUGCAAGGCAAGGCAAGUUGUAUGGUGGCAGUUUCUCUAGGACCCGAACCUGGAUGGGAGGUUCUUGAUGCUUGCGCAGCACCAGGAAACAAAACUGUUCAUCUGGCUGCUCUCAUGAGGGGGAAGGGAAAGAUUAUAGCAUGUGAACUUAAUAAGGACAGAGUAAAACAUUUAGAAGAUACUAUCAAGCGGUCUGGGGCACCUAAUAUCGAUGUUCUGCAUGAUGACUUUUUGAAUAUCAAUAUACAAGAUUCAUUGUACUCAAAGGUCCGUGCCAUUCUCCUAGAUCCUUCCUGCUCUGGAUCCGGAAUGGCUGCAGAGAGAUUAGAUCAUCUGCUUCCUUCAUAUACUGCAGGAGAGUCUGCAGACAUGCAACGUGUUAAGAAGCUUGCUGCAUUUCAGAAAAGAGCCCUUGAACAUGCAUUAUCCUUCCCUGCUGUUGAAAGAGUUGUGUACAGCACAUGCUCCAUCCACCAAGAAGAAAAUGAGGAUGUUGUCAAGUCCGUUCUCCCACUUGCCGCUGCCCUCAAUUUUCAACUAGCAACCCCCUUCCCACAGUGGCCUCGCCGUGGUCUCCCAGUGUUCGAAGGCUCUGAGCAUUUGCUAAGGAUGGAUUUAGCAGAGGACAUGGAAGGCUUUUUCAUCGCUCUGUUUAUUAGGAAGAAUGCUGUAACUGGACCAGAGACUGCUAUUUCUGAGGAAAUGAAAGCUUCAAAGAUGUCCACUCGGGCAAAUUCUAUUAAUGUGAGAUCCAAGAACUUGUCAAGCCAAAGAAACAAGGGAAGGCCUCUGUUACAUCCAAGAAAGAAAAUCUCCUGUCCUCUCAUGACAUCUCCCUUCCUGAAGAUGCUUAGAAUGUCUUCACAUGGUUCCAUGGUUAGAAAAAGAACUUCUGAAAAAGGUAGCUUGUUGCGUCUGAAAAGCAAAUGAUGGUACUGAUUAUACAGAAUUAGUUGGUACCUCCAACAUGAAAUCGUUUUAGUGGUGCCUGCUCAUGCAUAGGAAUAUUCUAUUCACUUA